GUCGCUCGCAAACGUUUCAUAUAUGCUUAUUUUAGAGUUACUUUCGAAUCAAGGCUUGGUCUGAGAAUCUCACACAAGAGCUUGCUCGAGUGGGCUGAGAUCUGUACAAGGUGGAAGGAGGAAGCCUGCUUCAUUGGUCUUGAUAAGAGGACGAGAACUGUUAUGUCGAAUUGAAUACCCUCAACUCUGCAAUGUCACUACUGGGAAAAGUUGCCUUAAUAACUGGAGCAGCUCAAGGACUUGGCAAAGCUUUUGCUGAAAUACUGCUGAAAAAUGGUGCCAAGGUCAGCCUUUUAGAUAUUAACACUGCAAUUGGCCUUAAAACGAAGACUACCUUCGAUGAAGUCUAUGGAGCUCAGCAAACAAUGUUCAUUGCUUGUGAUGUGACGUCUGGCAACCAAUUGAAAGAUGCAUUCAAGAAAACUAUUGAAAACUUUCUACGAUUGGAUAUUGUUUGCAACAACGCUGGAAUAGCUGAUGAAACAAACUGGCAGAGGUGUUUAGAUUUAAACUUGGUCAGUGUGAUCAGAGGAACCUAUCUUGGACUAGAUUGCAUGAAUAAAAAGACUGGAGGUGCAGGAGGAGUAAUAAUCAAUGUUUCCUCCAUGGCAGGAAUCAAUCCAAUAAUUUUUGGACCAGUCUAUUCAGCUUCGAAGCAUGGAGUGGUGGGAUUCUCCAGGGCAGUGGCUGGAGCCUCUGCAGCGGAGAAUCUUGGAGUUCGGAUCAAUGUCCUCUGUCCAGCGUUCACCGAUACCCCAAUCAUGAAGAUUAUUUCAUCACCAGAAACACUGGGGCAGUUUGCCGGACUGGAGAAGUUUGCAAUACAGGCAGUGGCAGCAUUGGGCAUUAUAGACCCGUCAUUGGUCGCUGAGGGAUUCUUGCAACUUGCUACUGACGAGACUAAGAAUGGUGAAGUUAUGACAGUGACAAAGCAAAAAGGAAUUGACCACCUGAAAUACUCCAAGAGCCUCUUGUGACCCAGAAUGGCUGCAGCCUCCAUCCCGACACUCUGUGUAGUGAUGCUAGAACCCCAAAACACAGAGUUCCAAUACAGAUUACACUGUUGCAGCAAGAUUUUUAGUGAUUUACUAGGUGGAGAAUUAGAAAUUACAGUGCAGAGAUGAGCCACUGGACAUUUCAGCAGACAUGCUUUUUAGAAGAUUGGCGGGUUGAGCUUCCAUUAUUGCCAGUUGAGGAGCCUCUGGUCUACUAAGCAUAAUGUCAAAAAGCACUUCACGUGAGUGUUUUCAAACAAGAAUGAUAUCUGAGCCCCAUAAGGCAUUAUAGCUGUUUCAGAUUUCAGCAGCAUUGUCUCCAUUGUAUGCCUGUGUUCUGCUAUAUCCCAACAUCAUUCACUUCUUUAUGCAGCUGCAUGUUGCUGAUGUGUGUUUGAUCUUUAUAUUUCAUUCUUCGAGAAUUUUGAUUUUGCUUCUCCCAUUUGUUAUGGCUCUUCAUAAAAAUUUGCUCAUUUUAUUCAUUUCAUUUCCCUUUAUUCUUUCGUCUAUGGAAUUUGUUGGUCCUUCUGAAUUGCCCUUGAACUGGGCCAUUUCAAGGGGCAUUAAGAGUCAUCCAUAUUCUUGUGAUUUGGUGUUACAAGUUGGCCAGACCAGGUAAAGUUGGCAGAUUUCCUUCUGUAAAGAAGGUCAUUAAUAAAUCAGAUGGAAUUUUAUGACAAUCAAUCAUAGUUUCAUGGCACCAUUUGACUAGCUUUCUAUUUCAUCUUUUCUAAUUGGUUAUACAUUCUAGUUGUGCAUUAAU